GCGAACGAUUCUGACGAGCGGCGCUGCUCGGCCGCGGCCGGCUGAAAAUACACAUCGCGGGGGUGAGUCAGUCUCAGUCUGUCUGUGCGAGUUCGAGUGUUCACUUAACUUGGCGUAGUUUCGCUUGGCGAAAUAGAAUUCCGGCAAAAUGUUGAUGACGACCUCAAUGAUUGAACAGCGCAACACCAUGCAGGUAUCGGUCCUGGCAACUACCACCGAUCCAUCGCAGUUCGCUGAUGUGGUGCGGCAAGGCGUUCCAAUGGAUUUGACGUGUGUUCGAGCCGUACCAGAGGUGCUGAAAGCGUUGAACAUCAACAUCCCGACUUUGUUGAUCAACGUACAUGUAGACGGAUCAACGCCAUACAGAUUCGGUACAUUGCAAAACAGUUCCGGAGAUGACGGCUUGGUGAUCGACUUGGUACUUCGCGAUAACCACUACCAGCUCCGUGGAUUGCCGGAAGAGGACCAAAGUUCGCACGAUACGUCCGAAGACAACAAUUGUCUCUAUGAUGCGUUGGUCCGGGUGAUUCCACAGCUUACGGAUGUCACUGGGCCUGAAUUUCGCCGGCAGCUAGCUGACUGCAUCGAAACCAAUCCGGAUAUUCGACGACACAUCCAACUCGGCAAACACCAAACACUUCUGCAGGGCGGGGUCUAUGGUGGUUUGCCUCCUAGCCGUAGAAGGUCGAAUUCUAUUCACGAAGACCCUACCAACGAGACAUUUAGUGGACCGGUUUGAAGCCAUAUUCCUUAUGGCUGGCAUAAUUCAAUACUGUUCCGAAUCCAUGGGAAUACCUCGAGAUGAAGUUUUGUGCACAGGUGCAAGUCUACAGCAAGAUCGAAACAGUGCUGAUCCCUACCUGCAUGCUGCACAUGUCACGAGAAUGCAGAUAUCCGCGAGAGUAGAAGCAAUGAAGCAUUCACACCCGGUCUUGUAUGAAUACCUAACGACUCUCCUUGGAUACACUCAACUCGUGGAGAUAUGGGCAAAUAUGUGGGGCGGUGUGGGGCAAGACAUCGACUUGAUACAAGGUGAUCUAAUAAGUCUGUUGGAAGUGAUAGAUUUCAAUCAAAAUCCACCAACUGUCGUACAAAACUAUUCAUUGGCGAAAUUGAAGAAACUUGUUGAGAAGAUCAACACCCAACUUCAACGCAGGAAUAAAAAUGCAACAGUAAUUACUCUACCGGACACAAUCACAGCUACUUCAAUUGCUGAAAUCUGUAGACAAGCCUAUACCGCAGUUCUGCAAUAUUGGAUCGAUCACAAGCAAAAGAAAAUCGAUGACGCAAUUUUCAACGAAAACAAAGUAAACAGACAGGAAUUCGUCGACGGUCAGCUAGUGACUUAUGAUGUCAUUCAUGCGCUCCAUGAUGCUCGGGAUUGCAUCAGAAAAAAGGAUAAAAACAAGUUGUUGAAGCCAUCAAAAGCCGAGGAAUUCAUACUAAGAACGAAGCAACACUGCACCGAACAUAAAGAUAACCACUUCAUAAGAGAUGAUUAUGAAGAUCCUGGUGAUGCUGGUGCAGCUCGAUGUAGCAAACGUUCCAAAGCAAGGAAAACCAAGGAAAAAGCAGCAUCCGAGAAAAGAAAAAAUCGAGAGAAGUGUGCAAAGACGGCACAGGUAAUGUACGAGCGGCCUGCAGAAACCAACAUGACGGCGACGGUUGUUGGGGUAGGAUUGAUAGCGUUAGGAUUGUGUGGCCUGGGAGAGGUUGCUGGAGCAGCGAUAAUAGCAGCGACAGCAACAACAGCAACAACAGCAGCAGUAGGAACUGCGGCGGCGGCCGGAACUGCGGCAGCAGCAACGACGGCCACAGCAGGAACGGCCGCAGUAGCAGCAACAACGACGGCAGCUGCAACGCAUGCAAUAACAGUGAAGGCAGCUGUAACGACAGCAGCGGCAGCAACGAUGGCGGCAUUAGCAGCUGUAGUUUGAUAGAUUUAUGGACAUAUGGGCAUAUAGUCUAAUCACUACUGGUCCGAAACACGAGCUGACAGAAACGCUCGGAGAAGAAAAAUAAGAAAAAAAAGGUGUAUUAGUGUUUUGUAACGUUGGAAGAGGAGAAGGAGAUGAUAUAUGUUUAUUAAGGGCGGACGGGACGGUCGGGGAAAUAUCCGCCAUUGCUCUGUUGCUACUAAGAUGGUAAUCUCAGAUUCUACUUCAUAUUUUGCAACAAAAACCUAUCACUGUGUAUGCUCACUUGCAGUGCAUAUGCUGAUUGUUUUUCAGCAUCUUCAGUGCGAUAGAACUCGAGAUUACCAUCUUCAAAAUCGCGAGGCAAAUUGUUAGAAAGAGAGGCAAGAUAGGAAAAAUAACACGGCGUCCCGUUUCACCUUAAUUAAGAAAGUACCUUCAAUCAAAUAAAAAGUACGGAUCAUAUUGCAGCAAUGUGUACAAUACACGUUCGCAAACAUGUCCAGUAUCUAUCUAUCAAA